CAGUCGCACACGACGAGUUAGGUACUGCACCCGCUGCAUUUGCGGUGCACCGGUACCGUUGGGCUCGCUCUCGUCAUUUUUUGCAAUGCCGGACUCCGAGGUGACCAGCCCGGCAUCGUUGUCCGCCUCGCCGCCGCUGUCGCCGACGAGCCGAGGCCUCGACAAGAGGAGGAGGGAUGGCGCCGCCGGCCGGCACUCGACGUACCGUGGCGUGCGGAUGCGGGCGUGGGGCAAGUGGGUGUCCGAGAUCAGGGAGCCGCGCAAGAAGUCGCGCAUCUGGCUGGGCACCUUCCCUACGCCGGAGAUGGCGGCGCGCGCACACGACGCCGCCGCGCUCGUCGUGAAGGGCCCGGCCGCAGUCCUCAACUUCCCGGAGCUGGCCGCGUCGCUGCCGCGCCCAGCCUCUGCCGCACCCUACGACGUGCAGGCCGCGGCCGCGCGCGCCGCUGCCAUGGACACGGGUACGGCGCCAAUGCCGGCAGCGUCGACCUCGCCCGCGCGGCAUCCUCCCGGUCAGAUGUUCGGCCAGGCCGUCGACGACGAGCUGGAGGAGAUCAUCGAGCUGCCGUCCAUCGACGAGGAUAUCGCGGCGGAUCAGGUCGUGUUUGGGGCCACGUUCCCUGAUCCCGGCGCCGAGCAGUGGUACGAGCCAGCGUGGCUGGAGCACGUCAGCGGCAUUGGCUCACACGACGAGCUGGCCGUGUCCGGACUCGGGCUCGACCCGUAUCAGUUCUUGGGGCAGCAGGAUGGCAUCGUCGCCUCCGGGUGCGGCGCGCUCUUGUGGAACCUGUAGGAAAUUACUCGUACGUACUAAGUCCGUCCGUCACUCUCCCUCCUUUUGACUUGUGAAUAGAGUUUCUUUCUGUGUUGUCUCAAUCUCCUUUUUUCGCGAGCCAAGCCGCGCUCCGGAUUCUGAUUGUUUCUCCCACUUUUUUUUUUAUGUUUACUUUUGUAACCUAUGAAGCUACGAUUAUGAGGUAGUUGACACUCAUGCCUCAGCACCUCAGUUCAUAAUUACUUCGCGUUCUAGAUUUAUUCAAC